AUGGGAUCUGAUUCUAAUAACCAUCAAUACCCACUUGCUUAUGCUAUAGUCAAUGAAGAAACAACUGCCAACUGGUCAAGGUUUCUACGUCGCCUUCGUAGAUUUAUAUGUCGAAGUAGAACGGGAGUGUGCAUAAUUUCAGACCGUCAUGUUGGAAUCAUUGAAGCAAUGAAGAAAGAACAAAAUGGCUUCACUGGAGACAUGGGUAUACAUCGUUUUUGUCUCUACCAUGUCCGUAGUAAUUUUAGUUCAGCCUAUCCUGGAUCACAUUUGAAGAUGUUAUGCUGGGUGGCCGGAAAUAAUAGUCAAGUGAGAAAAUUCGAAGAUGCGAUGAGACAAAUCAAAGAGCUUAAUCCCGAUGUUGAAAAUUUGUUACGAAAUAUUCCAUUAAAGAUGUGGACUAUGUCUCACGAUGGAGGAUAUCGUUACGGUCAAGCAACAACAAAUAUGGUCGAAAGUUUCAAUGAAAGGCGUACUCAAACUUUGAAUGAUCUUCAAAAUGGGCAUACUUAUUGCAAUAUGUCAAGAAAAUUAUUUGAAAAUAUCGAAAGCAAGGCAUCAGCACACACAAUUAUUCUAUACAAUGAGCAAAGUGGAAUCUUUGAGGUGACUACUGCACGUUACAGAACUAAUAAUGGUUUUUGUGGAAAGGUGGCAACAAACAUAUCGUUGACCUAUGUAAAGGUUUUUGUUUUUGUGGAAAAUGGUGCUGAUAUCACUCUCCAUUAUGAUUUUCACCCCAUACCUAAUGAAUCAUAUUGGACGUUCCCAAUAGCACAUGAUUGGGAGAAAUAUGGUAAUCUUGUUCCCAAUGAAAAUUUGAGAAAGAAGAAAAACCAACGAGGUCAAAGACAGCGUAUUCGAACCGAAAUGGAUAACCCACGAAGAACCAUCAUUUGUGGGAGGUGUGGCCAAGAAGGUCAUACGAGACGUAGCCAACGUUGUCCUGAGCAAAAUCGUCAAUAA